CUCCAAUAUCAACCCAAUUCUCCUCCCUCUCUCCCCCUUCCCCGGACGCCCCCUUUUCUUGCCGUCAAUUCUACGAUAUCGCGGCGACUCCGUUCUCUUUAGUUAGGGUUUGAGACCUUUCCUAAUCUCCUAGCUCCCCGCCUCUCUCUUUCCACUCUAAUUUGGCUCUGGUUACGUCCUUUGUUUCUAUAAUUGGAGCGGCCAUCGUUGAAUGCCGUAAUUCGGAGGUAAUCAGCGUAGAAGGGCCUUCCUACCGGGAGAAACAGGAGGUUUGAAAUUAUGGAGCACGACAAGACCGAGUGCCAAACUCCCGAAGCUCCAAUUCUAUGUGUCAACAACUGUGGAUUCUUUGGGAGUCCUGCAACCAUGAACAUGUGCUCCAAGUGCCACAAGGAUCUGUUAUUGAAGCAGGAGCAGGCCAAGCUGGUAGCAUCAUCUGUUGAUAGCACUGUAAGUGGCAGUGGUAGUAGCAGUGGAAAAGAGCCAGUAGUUUCUUGGAGUGUAGAUUUUGCUGUUGGUCCGACAGAGCCAAAGACCACAUUGGCAUAUCCAUCUAAUGCUUCGGCCAUAAGCAAGGGUGGUGAGACAAAGGUGAAGGACGGUCCAAACAGGUGCAACACUUGUAGGAAGCGAGUUGGGUUGACUGGGUUCACUUGUCGCUGUGGAAAUCUUUUCUGUGCAAUGCAUCGCUAUUCCGACGAGCAUAACUGCCCAUUUGAUUAUCGAUCAGCAGGCAGGGAUGCUAUAUCCAAAGCCAACCCUGUUGUCAAAGCUGAAAAACUUGACAAAAUCUAGAGAGAUGGACAAGAAGGUUGAUGCAGUUUGGUCAAAGCUUCUUUUAUUGUCUAUGGCUUCCCAAAUCAUGCUGGCUGCUUGUCUUCAUAUGUGUUCUUGGCUAUAAAUGGAUGGAAGUAUGAUGCUGAGGCAUCUCUGCAGCCUCUAGAACUCCUGUAUCGUUGAUUGCUGAAGGUUCCCUUGUUGGCUCUGGUGUGUAAGCUUUGUAUUUGCACUGUGGAUGAUUUCGAGUUAUCAUGAUGUGCUACCUUUAUGAUAUUCUGUUGUGUCCUUCGAAUUGCAUCUCAUUGGUAAUAAUGCCCUAGUGAUGUGAAUGGUUUAUCUCUUA